AAUUGCCGUCAAGCACACGUAGUACGCCGGCAGAGUUCAGUCGCUAACGUUCAACGAGCGUCGAAAGUCAACAGAGUGCUUGAGCGGAUUUGAAUUUGAGAUUGGUUCUAGCGAGAUAGAUUAGCUGAACCCGGAGAUGCGCAGCCUCAGCCGCUUUCGCCUCAUCACCUUCGACGUGACCAACACGCUGCUCCAAUUUCGGACCACUCCCGGCAAGCAAUAUGGCGAGAUUGGAGCCCUCUUUGGAGCCAGAUGCGACAACAAUGAGCUGGCCAAGAACUUCAAGGCCAACUGGUACAAGAUGAAUAGGGAUUAUCCCAACUUUGGACGCGACACGAAUCCCCAGAUGGAGUGGCAGCAGUGGUGGCGUAAGCUGAUAGCAGGCACUUUUUCGGAGAGUGGAGCUGCCAUUCCGGACGAGAAGCUGCACAACUUCUCCAACCAUCUGAUUGAGCUGUACAAGACCUCCAUUUGCUGGCAGCCGUGCAAUGGCAGCGUGGAACUUCUUCAGCAACUCCGCAAGAACUUCAAGCCGGACAAGUGCAAGUUGGGGGUGAUAGCCAACUUCGAUCCGCGACUGACGGCGCUGCUCCAAAACACCAAACUGGAACAGUACUUGGACUUUGCCGUGAACUCGUACGAGGUUAAGGCCGAAAAGCCGGAUGCGCAGAUCUUUCACAAGGCGAUGGAGAAGUCCGGCUUGGAGAACCUCCAACCGGAGGAGUGCCUGCACAUAGGCGAUGGUCCCACCACCGAUUAUUUGGCCGCCAAGGAAGUGGGCUGGCACUCGGCGUUGGUCCACGAGAAGAGCUACGCGUAUCUAGUCAAGAAAUACGGCGAGGACAUCGACCGAGAUCACGUUUUUCCCAGUCUGUACGAUUUCCACAAAAAGAUCACGGACGGCACGGUGGUCUGGUGAUCGAUAUUAAAGUAGUAAAGCCAAA